GCCCCACCCUCUUUUUUCCCUCUCCUCACCAAAAGCCUGAACCCUGAAUCCUGAACCCGAAACCUCUCUCACUCACCCCCCUCUAAAGAUGGGAGCUCCCACAACCCUAACCAAGUGGAUCCCAGAAGACGAUCUCCUACUAAAAAACGCCGUCGAGGCUGGUGCUUCCUUGGAGUCAUUGGCUAAAGGUGCAGUGCGCUUUUCUCGUCGAUUUACUCUUCAAGAACUUAAAGACCGUUGGUAUUCGCUUCUUUAUGAUUCAGAUAUCUCAGCUGAGGCAUCUGCUCGUAUUAUUGAAUUCGAGAUGGAACUUUCUAUAUCCAAUCCUCCCAAAGCUAACAGAACUUGCAUUUCCAAAGGAAAAGAUUCUUUAUCUGGGAAACGAAAAGAGGACAGUGUACGAAGCCAUUACUAUACCAAGCGAAAGAGAGUUUGCCAUGAACCUUGUAGUUCUGCCAAUCCGGGUUUUCUUGUGCCGCACCGUCCACCCAUCACUACUGGCACUAGCUAUGGUUAUGGAGACCAGUUAGAACCUCAGAGUCAGCAUCCUGUUGAUAAUAUUUCCUUAGGGGCUGCUUUCUUAAAUUGUUAUAAGCAUCAAGGAACUGGCUAUUGUAAUGGACCGCAUGAUCUCUCUGAUAUUAUGAGGGUCGAUUCUGCUGCUGCCUCUGGUAGUAUUGCUCACCAUGCAUUUCAUACAGAACACGUGAGCUCAGUUGAAGGUGAGCUUCCAAACGGAAUAGUAGAUAGGAACUGCUUAUAUGGGUACACAAAAAAUAUUUCUUCUGUGUCAAUUGACAAAGCAGGAGAAAAUAAUGGAAAUCAGCCCCUUGGACAUGAAAACAUACAAAAAGAUCAUCUGCAGAUCCUUAGAGAGGAUCUUGCUUCUUUAAAAGCCUGCUCAGAUGGACAGGAAAUUAAGCCAUUGCAACCAUUACCAACAAGAAACCUGUAUGACAACAAAGUUAUAGAAGCAAAACCUUUACCUAAUGUUGACCCAUCUGACGGUAAUGAAAAUGAUUUUGCAGGAAACAAUAAAGCAAAUUCACAAGUUUCAGAAUCUGAGUAUCCAUUCCGUCAAGUUGGAUGUUCAUCUCCAGCACCUGGUCUCCCUAUUUGGGGAACGAUUCAGAAUAUAUCUGCACCGAGCUUGCCAUUGGGUGUGCACUUUGAUGAAAAAGAAAGUGAGAUUCUCAUUGUUAAUGAAAGCAAGAACAUGGAUAUGCCAUGUGGUGUCACCUCGGAACCCAAGUUGAAUGAUGGGAUAUCUGAUGCUGGCUUAGGUAAUGCAGCCAUGAUCUCAGAAAGUGACUUUGUGGAUUUUUCUAGCAUUAAUUUUGCUGAUGAUGAGGAGCUUCUUUUCGUUGACAUGGAUGAGAAAGAUGUUGAUAAUAACUCUUGCCUAGAUGGUCUAGGCUCCAUGUUGUUGAAUUCUCCAAGCGACACACAUCAAGAUGAUCUCCCUAACUCAAGUGGUCCUGAAGCAACAAAGCUUUUGGACUCAUGCAUCAUGGUUCCUGAAGGGGUUUGUUCUGGUGGGACCAAUGAUAAUUGUGAUCAGAUAUGUUCUGGCCAUGAUAAUGGUCAUGAUUUUCAUAUAUCAGAAGUUAAUCAGCCAUCUUCUUCUUUGAAAAUGUCUCAUAUUAUUGACCCUCUUGAAGGGUCUGUAAUCUGUACGUUGAAUACAGAGGAUCCUGAAAUCCCAUGCAAUGAUGGUGCCUUUUUACCCACUCAAGCGCUUCCGCAAGUUCCCAACUCUACACGGGAGCACAAUCCUAAGGAACAAAAUGAUCUAAUUUCCUCCUCUAUCAAGAUGUUAUCCAAUGAUGGGAAGCAUACUGUAAAGGACUUAACCAUGGCAAAAGAGGAACAGGUGGCAAUCGUGCAACCUCUUUUAUCCUCCAUGAAGGCAAAAUCAUCCACAUUGCUAAAAGUGGGUACGAUACCCACAGCUGAUGGUUGCAAGGUAGAAGCUGAGUCCUUUAAAAUUAAUUCAAUUGCUGGAGUCUCCAGACUUGCGGGUAUUGCUGUUGAUGACCCAAAUUCAUGCACAUCAGCAACUGUUGCAUUACCCUCUGCCCCAUUUGCUGCCAAAGAAGGUAAAACUCAAGAUCCAGGAAAACCUGGCAACUCCAAUACUAUCAAUUUGUUCAUAGAGAAACCAGUUCUAGGGUCUGAUCAUUUUAAACUCUAUACCUUAAGAAUAGCUGAUGGUUGUAAAGAGGAAAUUGAUAUACAAGCUACACAAUGGGAUUUUGCGCCAUCGCAUGCAGAUUCGAUUUCUGCAGAGUUUGGUCUUUUAGAUCCCAUGGCAAAUAUGUCUACUUCAGAUCAAGAACAGCAAAUUUCUGACAGCGAAAAUGAAGUACCCAGCUUCUCUGACAUCGAGGCUAUGCUACUUGACAUGGACUUAGGUCCUUAUGAUCAGGAUUCCAGCCUCUUCACCAAGGAAGUGUCAAGAUAUCAGUCUGUGUGUAGCAAGAAGGCCAUCAUGAGGUUGGAGCAAGGUGUGCGCUCAUUUAUGAAUAGAGCUAUCUCAUCUCAUGGAGCUUUUGCAGUUUUUUAUGGCCGCCAUAUGAAGUAUUUUAUAAAAAGCUCUGAGGUAUCACUUGGAAGAGCCACAGAAGAUGUAAAAGUUGACAUUGACUUGGGAAGAGAAGGACGUGCUAAUAAAAUAUCUCGACGUCAGGCAAUUAUUAAGAUGGAUGAUGAUGGAUCAUUUCUCUUGAAGAACAUUGGCAAGUGUUCAAUUUUUGUCAACAGCAAGGAAGUAGCUGCUAAAAAGCGUAUAAAUCUAAGUUCAGGUUCUUUGAUUCAGAUAAAGAACAUGAGGUUCAUUUUUGAGGUCAAUCCGAAAGCAGUGAGACAGUACAUUACUAUGAGAGGGAUCAGUCAAAAGAAGAAUACAGGAACCGAAUGAACUCCAAGCUAGAAUCUAUGAAUGGAUGUAGGGUGAUUGAGACUUUGUAUCAUUCCACCAUAAAUCAUGUUUUGUAUCUUCCAGUUAAGAGAGAUUAUAUUAUGCCCUACUCUGUAUGAUGUAUGUGCUUUGAGAUUUAUGCCCUCUUCAUAUACAUAGAUUAGUUGAAAUUUCUCUUAAUAAGUACUGUACAGUGGCAGAUCUUCAAUAUAAAUGUCAAGAAGUUGGUAGCUGUUUUGCUCGGGUCACAGAAAUGUGAUGAA